CUGAACUAAUCAAAACACGAACAUUGGAGAUACCAAGCCGGCUGUCAGCGCAUCUCAAGAAUUUGUGUAUCCUUUGAUUUCGAGGAUUAUAUUAAGCAAAUAAAGGCACAAUGACUGCAUUUGAAGAAUUUGGUGUUUUGCCCGAAAUCGCUAAGGCUGUUGAGGAAAUGGAGUGGACUUUGCCGACUGAUGUCCAAGCCGAAGCCAUUCCAAUGAUAUUGGGUGGUGGUGAUGUCCUGAUGGCUGCUGAAACAGGUUCAGGAAAAACUGGUGCUUUCUGUCUGCCAAUUUUGCAGAUCGUCUGGGAAACACUUCGAGAUAUAGCGGAUGGCAAAGGUUCUAAAGGCGUUGCGGCUGGAACGGUAGCUCCCUGGACUAUGUCAUUCUUCGAUAGAGGCAGCGCAUUAGCUGUCACGCCGGACGGAUUACGAUGUCAGUCACGGGAGUUCAAAGAGUGGCACGGAUGUCGUUGUACUACCGGAGUGAAGGGGCCUGGGAAGUACUACUAUGAAGCCACUGUAACAGAUGAAGGUUUGUGUAGAGUCGGCUGGUCGACUCACCAAGCUAACCUAGACUUGGGCACGGAUCAAUACGGAUUCGGCUACGGAGGAACAGGAAAGAAAUCAAAUAAUAAGAAUUUCAAUAACUAUGGUGAAGCGUUUGGAAUGCACGACUCAAUUGGUUGUUGUUUGGACUUAGUGAAGCACGAAGUCAAGUUCACGAAAAAUGGAGAAGAUUUGGGUUUGGCAUUCAAAAUUCCUGAUAAUUUGAAGAAUGAAACAUUCUACCCAGCCGUAGUGCUGAAAAAUGCAGAAAUGUCCUUUAAUUUCGGAGCCACUGAAUUCAAAUAUCCAGAGCCAGAUGAUUAUGUAGCGGUGUGUAAAGCUGAAGCGAAAAACGCCAAACUGAAUCCACAUGCCAAUCCAGGCACAAACAGCAAUGUCGACUUGAAGCCAAAGCCAAAUGCACCGCAAGCCAUCAUCAUCGAACCGAGCAGGGAAUUAGCUGAGCAGACUUUCAAUCAAAUCAUAAAAUUCAGGAAACAUCUGAAAGAUCCAGUUGUCAAAGAACUCCUAUUGAUCGGUGGUGUGAACGUUCGCGAACAAAUGAGUGUUCUACAAAGCGGAGUUGACAUAAUCGUUGCAACUCCUGGACGUCUUGAGGACUUGAUUGGGGGUGGCAUCGUUGCCUUAACGCAUUGCCGUUUCUUUGUGUUGGAUGAAGCAGAUGCGCUACUGAAGCAAGGCUACGAGAGUUUGAUUGAUCGUAUUCAUAAGCAAAUCCCUAAAAUCACAUCCGAUGGACGUCGCUUACAAAUGGUGGUAUGCAGUGCUACACUGCAUUCAUUCGAAGUGAAGAAAAUGGCUGAUCGCCUUAUGCACUUCCCGACAUGGAUUGAUUUGAAAGGGGAGGAUGCUGUUCCCGAAACAGUCCACCAUGUUGUUUGUAAGGUAGAUCCGCAGCGAGACUUAUCCUGGCAGAAUCUAAGAAGACACAUUCAAACUGACGGAGUACACAACAAUGACAAUAUCCGACCAAACGGACAAACGCCAGAAACAUUUUCUGAAGCGGUGAAGUUGCUCAAGGGGGAGUAUUGCAUUCGAGCAAUUGAAGAGCACAAAAUGGAUCGUGCAAUCAUAUUUUGCCGAACUAAACUUGAUUGCGACAACCUGGAGAGAUAUUUCAAAAGCAUAAAUGCCCAGAAGUUCUCUUGUGUUUGUCUUCAUGGUGAUCGUAAGCCAGGCGAACGUAAGGCCAACUUGGAGAAAUUCAAAAAUCAACAAGUCAAAUUCUUGAUUUGUACUGAUGUUGCUGCUCGUGGUAUUGAUAUCACAGGAUUGCCAUACAUGAUCAACGUAACAUUACCGGACGAGAAGUCGAAUUAUGUCCAUAGAAUUGGUCGAGUUGGACGAGCCGAGAGAAUGGGUUUGGCUAUAAGUUUAGUUGCUACAGUUCCUGAAAAGGUGUGGUAUCACGGCGAGUGGUGCGCUUCACGUGGUCGCAAUUGCUACAAUACAAGGCUCACUGAUGAAAGCGGUUGCUGUAUUUGGUAUAAUGAGAAAAAUUACCAUGCAGAAAUUGAGGAUCAUCUGAAUAUCACUAUUCAAACUGUUGACAAAGAUAUGAAAGUGGAGGCCAACGAAUUUGACGGCAAAGUUGUCUACGGUGAGAAAUUGAAGAACACAGGUACCGGCUAUGUGGACCACGUUAAUCAACUCGCUCCCGUUGUCAGCAAAUUGACUGAGUUGGAAUUGCAGGCGCAAUCUCUAUUCUUGAAACGAUUGAGAUUCUAAUUUAAAUUUUAAUUUCACAUCAACUAAAUAUAAUAGAUAAUGCUUUUCUAACGAUUAUAUAAUCAAUUUUUUAAAUUAAUUUUGAAACGAUUGUGCAUAAAAUAAUAUUUAUUCCAAUGAUCAUUGUGAAUUGGAUUUUAUUAUUGUAUAACUUUCCAUAAAUUGUAAAAUGAAACAAAUAAAUGUCCGAAAACAAAUGCUUCUCGAU